AAAUGGAAGAAUUAGCAGAACAUGGAAUAUUUCUCCCUCCUAAUAUGCAAGGCCUAACUGAUGAGCAGAUUGAAGAACUGAAAUUAAAGGAUGAAUGGGGUGAAAAAUGUAUACCCAGUGGGGGUUCAGUAUUUAAAAAAGAUGAUAUCGGACGAAGGAAUGGGCAAGCUCCAAAUGAAAAAAUGAAGCAAGUGUUAAAGAAGACUAUAGAAGAAGCCAAAGCAAUAAUAUCUAAGAAACACGUGGAAGCUGGUGUCUGUGUUACUAUGGAGAUGGUGAAAGAUGCUCUGGACCAGCUUCGAGGUGCUGUGAUGAUUGUUUACCCGAUGGGGUUACCACCGUACGAUCCCAUCCGGAUGGAAUUUGAAAAUAAGGAAGACUUGUCAGGAACUCAGGCAGCACUCAGUGUCAUUAAGGACUCGGAGGCACAGCUGUGGUGGGCAGCCAAGGAGCUGAGGAGAACCAAGACGCUCUCGGACUACGUGGGGAAGAAUGAGAAAACCAAGAUCAUCGUCAAGAUUCAGCAAAGGGGACAAGGUGCUCCAGCCCGAGAACCUAUCAUUAGCAGUGAGGAGCAGAAGCAGCUGAUGCUGUAUUAUCACAGAAGACAAGAGGAACUCAAGAAAUUGGAAGAAAACGAUGAUGACUCCUGCUUAAACUCCCCAUGGGCAGAUAACACUGCUUUAAAAAGACAUUUCCAUGGAGUAAAAGAUAUAAAGUGGAGGCCAAGAUGAAGUUCUCCAGUCGAUGAAGCUUUCAAAAAUAGUAGCUCAACUUUCUCUUAGACAACAUAGUUCUGAUGAUAAAAGGCUACCUGCCAAUUUCUAUACAAGAUGUUGAAA